AUGAAGAAGAGUUGGAUUACUCGGUGGAUCAUGCGCAGCUCAAUAAUGGGAUGGCGUCUUUUACUGACUGUGACCGAGUACAGUAGAUAUAAGCAUGGAAUUCUCUAUCUGAAAUAUAACGGUGACAUCUCCUUAGACAGGAAGAAGUACACCGAGUUGUCGCUCAUUCUCAUCACACUUCUCCAUAUUCUGUGCUUGCCGGCGCGGUCCAGAGAUCAAUCAAUUAACGGAGAUGGGAACAAGCUUUUGGUUUCGAGGGUCAAUUUUCUCGGUAGCACGCACGGUUCUUGCUACUUGUACAAUAAGUUGGCCAAUGACAAAUACCCUAUCAUCCGGGAGACGAGGCCUUAUUUGUCGAGGUUGAUCAUGUGGUAG